CAGGGAGGCAGAGGAGACGCCGGAGCUCCAGACACAGCAGGAGCGCGCUGUGGCGGUGCAGUUUCAAGCUCGCCUUCGCAGCCGCGCACUCACCGCCUCCUCGCUGAGCAGCGGGAACCGCAGCAGCUCCGUGCCGCCGCAGCCCAGCUCCGCGCUCCAGCCCGCUCACUGCCGUCAGUACCGCCCCUCGUCAGCACUCAGCCCGCAGCUAUUUCCUUCUGCCAGCCUCUUUGAACUCUUUGGAUCUUUGCCUUUGCUCGCCUCUCUCUUUUUUUUUCCUCACCCCAUAUUUUCUCAACUCCUCUCUCUUUAUCCUUUACCACCCUGCUUUUCUUUAUAUUGGAAAUUUCAUCUUCAGAUGACUUGCCUUCCUUACCCUCGUCCAUUUCAGCCCUGAAGACUGAAAAGGAACAUUUCCAUCCCCCCCCCCCCCCGUGGCAUUUAAAAAUCGCAAUUCUUCAAAAGUCUUAAGAGGCAAAGGAACAGGACGCAAGACCCUCCCGGCACCCUUGGUUGAGCCCAGUCAAGAACAGUUCUAGCAAGCAGAGCUGGUGUUUCAUUGAAUCCUACUGAGGGGGAAGGCGAAAGAAGCCAGAAGCAAACUUCAGCUGUCUCCGCGGGUCUGUGGUUCCCGCAUUUAGAAGAGCCGCGUGCCAGAAGGCGUAGGAACCCACGGGGGACGAGGAGGAGCCCCGACUCUCCCUCGCCCAUUCCUUGAGGACAGAGGUGUGGAUUGAGGCGCGCGGGACAACAGCGGCAGAAGAGGGUAGGAGAAGAUGCGGGGCUCCCGGCCCCGGGGUGCGGGACGCCGAAGGCCCCCGGGCGGCUGCGGCGGCGACACCCUCCGUACCCCUGCGUCUCUGGCCGGCUGCUACUCCGCACCUCGCAGGGCCCCACUCUGGACGUGCCUUCUCCUGUGCGCCGCGCUUCGGACCCUCCUGGCCAGCCCCAGCAACGAAGUGAAUUUAUUGGAUUCACGCACUGUUAUGGGGGACCUGGGAUGGAUUGCUUUUCCAAAAAAUGGGUGGGAAGAGAUUGGUGAAGUUGAUGAAAAUUAUGCCCCUAUCCACACAUACCAAGUAUGCAAAGUUAUGGAACAGAAUCAGAAUAACUGGCUUUUGACCAGUUGGAUAUCCAAUGAAGGUGCUUCCAGAAUCUUCAUAGAACUCAAGUUCACUCUGCGAGACUGUAACAGCCUUCCUGGAGGACUGGGAACCUGUAAGGAAACUUUUAACAUGUAUUAUUUUGAGUCAGAUGAUGAGAAUGGAAGAAACAUCAAGGAAAACCAGUACAUCAAAAUCGAUACCAUUGCUGCUGAUGAGAGCUUUACGGAACUUGAUCUUGGUGACCGUGUCAUGAAACUGAAUACAGAGGUCAGAGAUGUAGGACCUCUAAGCAAAAAGGGAUUUUAUCUUGCUUUCCAAGAUGUUGGUGCUUGCAUUGCUCUGGUUUCUGUGCGUGUAUACUAUAAAAAAUGCCCCUCUGUGAUAAGGCACUUGGCUGUCUUCCCUGACACUAUCACUGGAGCAGAUUCUUCACAGUUGCUUGAGGUGUCAGGCUCCUGCGUCAACCAUUCUGUGACAGAUGAACCUCCCAAAAUGCACUGCAGUGCUGAAGGGGAGUGGCUGGUGCCCAUUGGGAAGUGCAUGUGCAAGGAAGGAUAUGAAGAGAAAAAUGGCACCUGUCAAGUGUGCAGACCUGGGUUCUUCAAAGCCUCACCUCACAGCCAGAGCUGCAGCAAAUGUCCACCUCACAGUUACACCCAUGAGGAAGCUUCAACCUCUUGUGUCUGUGAAAAGGAUUAUUUCAGGAGGGACUCUGAUCCACCCACAAUGGCAUGCACAAGACCCCCCUCAGCUCCUCGGAAUGCCAUCUCAAAUGUUAAUGAAACUAGUGUCUUUCUGGAAUGGAUUCCUCCUGCUGACACUGGUGGAAGGAAAGAUGUGUCAUAUUAUAUUGCAUGCAAGAAGUGCAACUCCCAUGCAGGGGUUUGUGAGGAGUGUGGCGGUCAUGUCAGGUACCUCCCCCAGCAAAUCGGCCUGAAAAACACCUCUGUCAUGAUGGUGGAUCUGCUCGCUCACACAAACUAUACCUUUGAGAUUGAGGCAGUGAAUGGAGUAUCCGACUUGAGCCCAGGAGCGCGGCAGUAUGUGUCUGUAAAUGUAACCACAAAUCAAGCAGCCCCCUCUCCAGUCACCAAUGUGAAAAAGGGGAAAAUUGCAAAAAACAGCAUUUCUUUGUCUUGGCAAGAGCCGGAUCGCCCCAAUGGAAUCAUCCUGGAGUAUGAAAUUAAAUAUUUUGAGAAGGACCAAGAGACCAGCUACACUAUUAUCAAAUCGAAAGAGACCACUAUUACUGCAGAGGGCUUGAAACCAGCUUCAGUGUAUGUCUUCCAAAUUCGAGCACGUACAGCAGCAGGCUAUGGUGUCUUCAGUCGAAGAUUUGAGUUUGAAACCAUCCCAGUGUCAGUUGCAGCCUCCAGUGAUCAAAGCCAGAUUCCUAUAAUUGCUGUGUCUGUGACAGUGGGAGUCAUUUUGUUGGCAGUGGUCAUUGGCUUCCUUCUCAGUGGAAGUUGCUGCGAAUGUGGCUGUGGGAGGGCUUCUUCCCUGUGCGCUGUUGCCCAUCCAAGCCUAAUAUGGCGAUGUGGCUACAGCAAAGCAAAGCAAGAUCCAGAAGAGGAAAAGAUGCAUUUUCAUAAUGGGCACAUUAAACUGCCAGGUGUAAGAACCUAUAUUGAUCCACAUACCUAUGAGGAUCCCAAUCAAGCUGUCCAUGAGUUUGCCAAGGAAAUUGAAGCUUCAUGUAUCACCAUUGAAAGAGUUAUUGGAGCAGGUGAAUUUGGUGAAGUUUGUAGUGGACGUUUGAAACUACCAGGAAAAAGAGAGCUACCUGUGGCUAUCAAAACCCUUAAAGUUGGCUACACAGAAAAACAACGUAGAGAUUUCCUGGGUGAAGCAAGUAUCAUGGGGCAGUUUGACCAUCCUAACAUCAUCCAUUUAGAAGGUGUUGUGACCAAAAGUAAACCAGUGAUGAUAGUGACAGAGUAUAUGGAGAAUGGUUCUUUAGAUACAUUUUUAAAGAAAAACGACGGGCAGUUCACUGUGAUUCAGCUAGUUGGCAUGCUGAGAGGCAUCGCUGCAGGAAUGAAGUACCUUUCUGACAUGGGCUACGUGCACAGAGACCUUGCUGCUAGAAACAUCUUAAUCAACAGUAACCUUGUGUGCAAAGUGUCUGACUUUGGACUUUCCAGGGUACUGGAAGAUGAUCCUGAGGCAGCCUAUACCACAAGGGGAGGCAAAAUUCCAAUCAGAUGGACUGCCCCAGAAGCAAUAGCUUUCCGAAAGUUCACCUCCGCCAGUGAUGUCUGGAGUUAUGGAAUCGUAAUGUGGGAAGUUGUCUCUUAUGGAGAGAGACCCUACUGGGAGAUGACCAAUCAGGAUGUGAUUAAAGCAGUAGAGGAAGGCUACCGUCUGCCAAGCCCCAUGGAUUGUCCUGCUGCUCUCUAUCAAUUAAUGCUGGAUUGCUGGCAGAAAGACCGGAAUAGCAGGCCCAAGUUUGAUGAAAUAGUCAACAUGUUGGACAAGCUGAUUCGCAACCCAAGUAGUCUGAAAACUCUGGUUAAUGCUUCAAGCAGAGUAUCUAAUUUGUUGGCAGAACAUGGCCCUCUAGGAUCUGGGGCCUAUAGAUCAGUAGGUGAAUGGCUAGAAGCAAUCAAGAUGGGCCGGUAUACAGAGAUUUUCAUGGAAAAUGGAUACAGUUCAAUGGACGCUGUGGCUCAGGUGACCUUGGAGGAUUUGAGACGGCUUGGAGUGACUCUUGUCGGUCACCAGAAGAAGAUCAUGAACAGCCUUCAAGAAAUGAAGGUGCAGCUGGUGAACGGAAUGGUGCCAUUGUAACUUCUGCUAAUGUCACUUCUUCCAGUGAAUGAUUCUGCACUUUGUAAACAGCCCUGAGAUUUAUUUUAACAAAAAAAGGGGAAAAAGGGAAAACAGUGAUUUCUAAACUUUAGGAGAGCUAUGUCUCAUCCACAGAAUUUGUAAUCAGUGUUUUACUAAAAUCUCCAUAUCUUCCUCUCAGUUUCUUCAUUUUUCAUGAAGCAACAAUGAACUUCAGAAAAUAAGAACAAAAAUACUCUCUUAUGUUACCUAAAAAUCCUCACCACUACUUCUACAAAAUUUUUACAUGAAAAUACAAAUAUAUAGCACCUUCACAGACUAAAUUAAGGCAGCCCCUUUCAAAACUUCCAGGGAUCUACUUGAAAGGAAAAGUCUUAUAGCCAUUUGUGGGCUAAGAAAAGCUGCAGUUUACUGAAGUUUACUUCAAGUCUUAAUUGUCUACAUAAGUGUAUUGAAGAGCAAUAUGAUUAGAUUAUUUCUUAAUACAUAUCUUCUUUUGUAAUUUUAAAAUGCUAUUUACAUGGUAUUAAGUUAUAGAAACUAGUUUAUAAACACAUUGCUUGAUCAAGGAAAAGUACAAUACAGGGUGUGUAUUUAUUUUUCUGUGUUAUAAAAUUUACUUUUAGUUGCUCUUCUAGAGACUAUUAGGUAAUAAAUGUGUAUAUAUUGUAUAUUUUGCAAUUAUCUGAAAACUGAUUUAAGUUGGAAUUGUGUGGGUAUGCUUGCAUAUGUGUGCAUUAUCAUUCUGCUUGCAUUUUAAUAGUGUCUCAAUUUUAGCAACAUAUAAGGACAAGUGUUCCAGAGUGUAUUACAAAUAAGAAAAAUAGGGAAGCAGUAAAACAAAAUUUAACACAAGCUGGUGUCUCUUUUUCCCUCAUGUGUCCAAAAGCUACUAAUCUCUUUAUUCACUAACAGGAAAUGUCUAUAAGAUUAAAUCCCCUUUGGCUUUUUAAAAACACUUUGUGAUAUCUGUGACAAUGCUGUUCUUCUCGCCAUUAAUCUUGCACCCCUGUAAGAAAUUUCACCUUUCUGAUUCCCAGAAAAUAUCUUGUCAAGCAAAGUUGACACCAAAGGGCAAAUUUUCAGCAGGAUGUAGAAGGAUUUAACUGUGCUGGCUUCUGUUAAUGUUGUUAAAUCCAGGCACAUAGCACUAAGCAUCACCCUUAAGUGUUAAUCCUUUGCAACCAUUUCCAUUGUGCUUCAUUUCUAGACAUUUUGAUACUAACAAAGCAAUGAAAUGAUGAAAAAUACACAUUUUUCCUUCAGAAUUUUCUUUAUUUCAAGUUUUUUUGUUGAUGAAUGUUUAUUAAUUUGGUAAUUUCACUUUGCAUUCAGUUACUGGACAUUGAAAUUAUUUUGAGGAACCAACCUGAAGUAUUAUUUAAUUGUACUUAUUAGGGAAUAUAAGUCAUAUCUUCUGAAGGUUUCAUAAAUAUACUUGGUGAAGAAGGAUAAAUAAACCAUGGUAAAAAUUACAUAAUUUAUUAGAAAGCAUACAAAACUGAGCUCCUUAUAUGAACAAAAGUUCUGUAUUAUUGCACAUUAUUAAAAUCAUGUAAUGGCACGUGAUCAUUCAAGGAGCAGAGUACUUGAAUUAGAUAUCACUUACUCAUGAUUCUCAAUUGUAAUAGUAAGUAUGUCAGAGUAUCCUUGGAGUGGUGGAAUCCAUAGGACAUGUACUUGUGUUAGAUUAAUUGUACUCUCUUUUUCCUAAGCACCUGUUUUACUUGAAUGAUGAUUUAUAUAAGAAUAAACUUGUGGGGAAUAACUUCUUUCUAUCCUGCCCACCCUUUACUUAAGCUGUAAUGUAACAUUUUGUCAAAGCACAAGAAAAAGCCAAAAGAGCAACAAAAAAGAAGGGAGAGAGAAAUGGUCUAAAUACUUUUCAAAUUACGCAUUGAGUUCCAUCUCUGUAGAGUACCAUGGCUCCAUAUAAACUAUGCUGUAAUUUUGCUCUAUUAGGUUAGUGAAAUUUCCAGAGAAAGUUGAGAAAAUUAAUAUUGUUUUGAUAGAGUCACAAGUAAACAGACAUUACUGUUACUAAAGAUGCAUUUGUUCAAUACAGGGAAAUGUUGAAUCUAAAUCCUUUUAUACAAAAUAAUUGAAGAUUGUGUUUCAGUACACUGAAUUUUCUAAAGUAUGGAAAUCUAAGUGAUAAAGUAUCAAUUGAGAAACUUCAAAGUAGGAAAAGACUUAGGAAUUGAAAAAGAAAGCUGUUAUACGUUUGUAGAACAGGUGGACAAGUCAAUAUUGUUUGGACAUAAAAUUGUUUCCAAAAUUGUUUUCCAACUUUGUAUUUUCAGAGCCAAUUGGGAUUUUUUGGGUGGUGUAUAUUUAAGUGACUAGAAGUUACAAUGUAAAUUUACACAUUUUCACAAAGAAAGAAUAUAUAUUAAUUUGGAUUGAGUUGAUUUUCCUCCUUUGCAAUAUUGGUGUUCAUUUCAGAAGACGAUUCUAAUUGAAAAUUAUAUAGCCCCAUAUAGCUUUCAUCCAUAUCUCAAGUUGGUUGAGAAUUUUUUUAAUGUUGAUAAGAUUUUUAGAACAGAUAGAGAUUUUCAAAUAAGAUGUACUCUGCCCUCCAAAAUAGGAAAGAAUACUUUUCUAAAAUAUGUGUUCAUCACUGGAUAUGUCACCAAUUGGAAAGAGCCAAUCUCAUCUAUACCUGUGAGAAAUAGAAUGAGGAGAACAUGCCAAUUUUCUGAAAUACAGUGAGGCUGUAACCCAGGGCAAGAUUUGAAAAUCUCAAUUGUAUAAUUUUUAUUCUAUUGAGUAUUCAUUUUGUCACCCAUCAGUUUACCAAAAAUAAAGCAUAGAUUAGAUAAUUUUAGCAUAUACAAUAGAUUUGCCAAAUAAUAUGCAAUUUUACUGUAGCAAUAUCUUUAGGGCAUCGUCUUUCUCAGUGUUAGACUUUGAAAAACAGGUAUGUCCAGAAAGUUAUUUUCACUUUACUGAUACCUGUUGAAGUCACUCAAUUACUACUUUUAUCAAUCAUAAUUUGUUGCUAAUCUUGCCAUUUGCUCACAUGUAAUAUGACACAUAAUUAGUUCCUCUUUUUGAAAUGUAUUAAUUGUAAGUAAAAAUGUAAAGAUAUUCAUUGUCCCAUUUUUAAAAAUGUUAAUGUGCAUGACCUUUUAUUUCAUAUAUUUUAUUCACCAACUCAGUGUUCUGAAAUUUUAGGAUCACUGUAAAAUUAUAUCCCAGGUUAGGAGUGUAGCUCAGUAGUAGAGUGCUUUGCCUAGCAUGUGCAAGGUCCUGGGUUUUAUUCCCAAUACUGAAAAAAAUUUGUAUCCCAAUAUUUCAUAUAAACCUAUGUGUAAUCAGCAUCAUUUUAGAGUUGCCUAAACAACACAAAACAUUUGUAAUUCUGUUUUAGAAAGAGUUUUAACCAGUGUGCAAUGAUGAAGGCACUAUUUCAUAUCUCACGUUUAAAAUACAACAUUAUUAACGCCAGUUGAGCACUAAUGCAUUUGCAUGACCUGCAUUUAAUUUCUAUGUGAAAGUAAAAUAUUUUGAAACAUGGUACUUUCUCCCAUUUGAAGUUGGUUCUCAGAAGCACAAGUAUAGAUAUUUACCUUUGGAAGCUUUUGUGGCUGUAAUGGAUAGCAAACACUAUUGAGUCAGGUGUUAGAAAUUUACCAGAUGUGUAAUGUUGCAUAGUAAAAUAAGGUUCUUUUCUCAUUUUGUUUGUUCUAAAAAUAAGAAAAAAGAAGAAAGCUAAUUGUGAUAGUAAACUGUCUUUGUUUAUGUCCUUCCAGAUGUUUAACUCAAAGUAAAUACAAAGUAGGUACAAUAUGGUGGUGAUGACAGCAGCGACGAUGAUGAUGAAUAAACAGAAUCAAAUGCUAGCUUUAUUUGAAACUGAAUAACUAGAAUAAGUCAUCAUUAUUUUCAACUGUAACACAGCUGGUUACAUUGAAUAUUUUCUCUCUAUUAUGCUGUUAAUUAUAUAGUAAUGUAUCAAAAAAGAAAUAGAUAAGAAUUUUUUUCAUUUCUUGUUCAUUUAUGAAAAAGUCUUUUCACAUAUAAAUGACUGAACGUUCUUGUUUAGAAUGACCAUGUAAUUAUUGCUUUGAAGACACCAAUUCAUUUUUUAAAAAAUCUGUUUAUAAUAAUCAGAAACAAAUGUUGCUUUUUCUUCAAAAUGUUAAUAGAAAUAAUUGAAGGUGGCCAAAAUAUAUCAUGUUAUUCCUGCUGGGGGCUUUAUUAUCUGAAGUUUGAGUGGUCAACAUAUUUGUGAAUCUUUAGACUGCUGUAGUUUUGCGAUUAAUUAUGUAAAAGUGUAUAAAUUCCACUUAUAAUAGUCUGAGAAUAAACUUAGACUCAGUCAUUUGUUGAUAUGUUAUCUUAGUUUCAGGCAGGUGAGAGCAGCUGCAUAGCAUAUUUUAUCCUCUGAUAGGCAUCAAGAUAUCUGAAGUCCCUGUCUCAGAGUUAAUUCAAAGAAGGAUUAGCAUUUCUGUAUUUCUUUUCCCAUUUGAAGCUCUAUGUGCUUUUGGUUUGUGUACAUGUUUUUGUAGUGUAAGAUAUGAAAUUUUAUAUUUUUUCAGAAAAUAAAAAAACCCUUUGAAUACAGUUAAAUCAGACUGUCAUGCUUGACCCUCUCCCAAUACUUUAAAUUUACAAUCUUUGUAUAAUGAUUUCAGUUAGUUCUAAUAAAAAUGUUUGAAUAUCUUAUGCUAUAUAUUUAAAAGGCCACCAGGAUUCGUUUUUUACAAAGAGAUUUUCACGAAUGUUUGCAUUUGAAUUAUUUUUUGAAAGUAGAAAUUGAUUGAGAUUAUGGAACAUGAACUUUCUAUGUCAACUCCCAAUUAAAAGUUAUUUGUGACAGUACAGUACAAUAUUAACUUGGAAAAAAAAAACAGCUGUGUGCAGUAUCUACAAAGAAGAGCUUUUAUUGACCAGUGUCAGCCUCUGUCCUUCUCAUCACUAUGCAGCUGCUAUGUUAUAGAAAGAGGAGUUGCUUACCCAAGGAAGAGGUAUUAUUAAGUACAAACCCUCCUUGCUUCUUGUAAGUAUUAUAUCAUACAAGUCUCUUUUUAUAAAAAGCAUAGCAAAAAAUCUGCUGCACUCAAGGAAAUGAAUCACACUUUCAGUCUUUGCAUCUGCAUCUUAAUAAAGUGAUAUCACUGUGCCCAUGAAAAUAAUCCAUAAUUCCUUUGCCUGUGCAUAAAACUCAGUGUAGUAAGAAUAGCAUUUAAUCUUUUAGUGAAUAGUCUGAUACAAAUAUUUCAGAGUACUUUGUUACCAAGUAGAAUAUUCUUGCUUCUGUUUUGCUACAGAAGUAAAGAUUGUAUAAAAAAAGAAAAUUUUCCCCAAUCCUGUAUUUACUCUUGACCAGAUAGGAGGAUAGGGUGGCAAAGAAAAAUUAAAAUUUAAUGAAAAUGCACCGUUCUGUAUUCAAAUUUUUCAUUCUUACCUUUGAAAAUAUGAAUAUUAUUGCUUCCUUUUACUGAUGUUGAAACAGGAGCUCAAAGAUGGUAAGAAGUUGCCCAAGACCUGACUACUCUUCAAAGGUAGAAUGAAACCCAUGUUAUUUCAUACCAAACACAUGAAAAUUAUACCACAUUACUCAGACUCCGCAUUGUUAAUCAUGCUAUUGAAACAACAGAAUAAUUUAUAGCACCUUUUAAAUUAAAUGACACAAAAACUGAAAAGCAUUGAGAAAAAAUAGCUACACGUUUUCAUGAAGCAAAGUGAAAAUCUUGCAUUAAAAACCAGAAUCUGACUGAUCACAGUCUAACAUGUUUAGUUUUGAGGAUAAGUCAGACUUUGGUAAUCAAAAACAAUUUAUCUGAUUUGUUAUUGUACCACUGAGUAGCAUCCCAAAGUAAUUCAUUUUUUCUUGGAUAGGUCAUGGUUUUUUGCAACAACUACAAAAUGAUUGCAUAGAUUUGCAAUUUUCUACAAGCUCAGGAAGUCGGAAAAAAAAAAAAGGUUACUUAUUUCUAGCUAUAGUAUCAGAAUGUCAAGUGUCUGGGCAAUUUGCUACCUAGUUGUUGUUAAACCCAAAGUAAAAUAAAUAAGUUAUUAGCGGAUUAAAAAUAAUAAACUAUAUAAAGCUGUCAGAAAUGCUGAAUUAUAAAUUUAUUUCAGAGCAAGAGUUAUUUGUUCUUUAAUCUUCCCUAUUUUUUAAAAAAAAACUGUU